UUGAAUCCAGCCGCACAAGAAAGGUUUUCAAUCCUCACUCCUGCGGCAGCUAAUCUCUCACAUCUUUGAUUUCUUUAUUCUCUUCAUCUUCACAUUUGUCAUUUUUUUUUUCUCUCCUUCUCUUGUCUCACUCAGUACUGCAAUCUCCUCAUGCUCCAAGCUUCCAGCUCCUGACGAUGCGACUGAGAGUAGACUGGGGUAGAUGCUAGCCAUGGCGCAGGGCCUCAUCCCGAGGGCGCAAACGGGAACAAACCACUCAUUCUUCCUCUUAUCUUUCAAACCCAAAUUCCCAUUACCGAGAUGCAAAUUUCCCUUCAUGCUACCGCCUCUUCGUCUUCUUCCUCUUCCUCGCUGUUUCUGCAGGUAUUCUUCUUUGCAAGAACCAAUCGACCUGUGCAAGUACAGGGAAGCUUUUUCCAAGCGCAUGGAUAUGGCUGGACUCAAACCCCACCACCGUAUAGCUCUGGGAGUCAGUGGAGGCCCCGAUAGCAUGGCUCUUUGUGUUCUUACGGCGGUCUGGAAAAUGGAUGGCCUGACUGCCACCGGUAGAAGUAGUACUUUUAUCGAUGGACUCCUGGCAAUAGUCGUGGAUCACGGUCUUCGUGCUGAGAGCAGAGACGAGGCAAAAGUUGUCAGCAAUCGAAUUACUCAAUUGGGUAUCAGAUGCGAGAUUGCGUCUUGCGAUUGGCUAAACGGUAAACCAAAGCAGGGUCACUUGCAAGAAGCAGCUCGUGAUAUGAGAUACCAAAUGUUGCAGAAAGUUUGUGUCCAACAUCAGAUUGGAGUGAUACUUGUUGCACAUCACGCAGAUGACCAGGCUGAGUUAUUCAUUCUGAGGUUGUCUCGCAGUAGUGGUGUGCUUGGACUUGCGGGAAUGCCUUUCACUUCUCAGAUUUUCUCCUCACAUACAUAUUCUUACAGUGAAGUUUCCAAGAAUUAUGGCGUUCUUCUUGUGAGACCACUAAUGGAUUUUUCUAAAGAUGACAUGUACAAGAUAUGUCAAGGUGCUAAUCAAGAUUGGGUUGAAGACCCAACAAAUCGAAGUUCCUUGUUUGCUCGAAAUAGAAUUCGAAUGUCAUUGGGAGAUUUGUCAUCUGGUACUCUCAACUCCGAGCUACAUGCCAUUAUUUCUGCCUGUAGGAAAACACGCUUAUUUGUUGAUCAAGUCUGUUUAAGCCUGGCAAAUUGGACUUUGACCAUAACGGAGUUGGGAUAUGCCAUUAUUGAUUUGGAGAUUCUCAAUCAAUUGAAACCUCAAGAUAUUUGCCUGUCAAAGUUCGUGUCCUUAGUUUUGCAGUUCAUCUCUCAAAGGCACAGGCCGGUUAGAGGUAACACUGCAAAACUGGUGUUAGACUACAUUCAAACGGUUCCUUGCAAGACUUCACUGACAGCAGCUGGCUGCUACGUUUGUCCAGCUCCUGGGUCUAAGGGCACCAGGUGCGUAGUCUGUUGUUCAGUGGAUUGCCCUUUGCCUUCCGAAAUAGAAGUUUUCCAUGCACCCUCUUAUGAAGAAGAGAGGAACGGUGUUUCUGAUGGGUUAGAACAAAUCAUUAAUGAUGGGAAAUCAUAUUUAGAACAUUUCAUUCCUAAAGCUUCUGAUGUACACUUCUUGGAUGCAACGCCUGAAUCUGUUCUAGAUGAAGCAAAAAAGCUAAAUAUUAUCAGUGAAUCAACCUAUAGGAUCAUUGUUUCACUGCAGAUGCAAGAGACCAAGCUCUUCAAAGCAGAACCAAAAGUCACUCCUGGACAUGAACCAAAACAUGGUUCAAACUCUGUAAGAACUUCAUCCGGUCGAUUGCUUAAGCCAGGGCAAAUAUGUAACUAUAUGAACAGGUUCUUCAUCACUUGGAAAAUAAGAGAUGAAAUUGAAGACAAUUCUACUUUUGAGGCAGCUAAUCGUAAUACAUUUUGCAAGUCAUGUGUGUUAGGUUGCAACAUGGAGUUAGAGGUGCGGCACAUGAUCGAAUCUGAUUGGCUUUAUCUUUCCAAGUUGUCUGAGUGCACAGUGGAGAAUUUUCAAGACCAAAGAGAUACUUUAGCCAAUUUGGAGGAGCAGACCAUGGAGAAUACAAAUAGAUGUUUAAAUUUUGCCAGAUCGUCGGCUAGAGAAGCAUCAGUGCUAUUGAAAUUGAUUCCAGUUGCUGCAAGAAGAAGCCUUCCUGUUCUAGUCAAUCAACAAGGGCUGCUUCUAAGUAUUCCUAGCGUUAGGUUCAGCCAUUGUCCAUGGCUGAUGGCUUCUGCAGUGUUCAAGCCAAGGGUACCGUUCGGUGGAGGCCAUAGUUCAUUCAUGUAGAUGCCAGUAAGCACACAUGCUGUACUUUUCCACGAACAGCCAGGCUUGUAUAGUAUUCAACUUCGCAUGGGAAAAAAAGGGAAACUGUACUCCAAACGAAGUUGUAAGUUGUAAUUAGAGAGGAUAUGUUGACUUGAUUUUAAUCUAUAAAUUAAAUGAUCUAGAAUUUCAGUUUU